GCCGUCAGCAGGAUAGAACCAACGCUGAGGACCAAUGAUGUGUCGGGAGGAUCCUGGGAAAAUGGAGCUGUGGAUGGCACACCUCUGAAUCAGCUGCUACUUCUUGUCUCCAGUUUAUAAGCUCUUAAAAGUUCUCUGGAAGUAACCCUAUAUCCAGAAUCUUCCCUAAGUAUGAAAGAGGAAAUGUGGAAGUUUUCAUUUAAUACAUCACGGUCUUGAAAAGAGCUAGAAUGCCAAAGGCAAGAACCCCAGCACUCUGCCCAUCCUCCUGUGAGACCCUGGUAAUUGUCUAACAAAUCCAUCAUGUGUCUGCUGGGCUGGAGCAUCUGCUGGGAAAAGUUCCAGAACCUCAAGAUGCCUUGGGGUUCAUCUGCUUCCAGAAGCAGCUAGUGGUGGCCUUGGUGCUCUUUCCUGGGCAUGUCUUGAGAUCUUUUUUCUGUGCUCUGUUCUGAUGUAUGGCCUCCACAAUUGUGCAGCCGAAGGAUGACCUUGCUCUUUGGGUGGGACAAUAUUUGUGAAGGAGGGAGCCGUGUGUGUAGAAGUCUGUGGGAAGAGAGCAACACUGAGCAUGUCUUUGCCAAACCAGUCCAUAGAAGGCCUUCCCCAGGAGGCCUCCAACAGAUCUCUGAAUGCUACAGGGGAUUGGGACCCACAGGUCUUGCAGGCACUCAAAAUCUCCCUUGUGGUGAUCCUUUCCCUCAUCACACUGGCCACUGUCCUCUCCAAUGCCUUUGUACUUACCACCAUCUUACUCACCAAGAAGCUCCACACCCCGGCCAAUUAUCUCAUUGGCUCCUUGGCCACCACCGACCUCCUGGUUUCUAUCUUGGUCAUGCCCAUCAGCAUAGCCUAUACUACCACCCGCACCUGGAACUUUGGCCAAAUCCUGUGUGACAUCUGGGUGUCAUCCGACAUCACAUGCUGCACGGCCUCCAUCCUACACCUCUGUGUCAUUGCUCUGGACAGGUACUGGGCCAUCACCGAUGCCCUGGAGUACAGCAAACGCCGGACAGCAGGCCACGCAGCAGCCAUGAUUGCGGCAGUCUGGGCCAUCUCCAUCUGUAUCUCCAUCCCGCCGCUCUUCUGGAGGCAGGCCACAGCUCAUGGGGAGAUGUCCGACUGCCUGGUGAAUACAUCUCAGAUCUCUUACACCAUUUACUCCACCUGUGGGGCCUUCUACAUCCCAUCCAUCCUGCUCAUUAUCCUGUAUGGCCGCAUAUACGUGGCCGCCCGGAGUCGCAUCCUGAACCCACCCUCCCUCUAUGGGAAGCGCUUCACCACGGCACAGCUGAUCACAGGCUCUGCGGGCUCUUCACUCUGUUCGCUCAACCCCAGCCUCCACGAGAGCCACUCACACACAGCCGGCUCCCCUCUCUUUUUCAACCAGGUGAAAAUCAGGCUUGCCGACAGCAUCCUCGAACGCAAGAGGAUCUCUGCAGCUCGGGAAAGGAAAGCCACUAAGACCUUGGGCAUCAUUCUGGGGGCCUUUAUCAUCUGCUGGCUGCCUUUCUUUGUGGUGUCUCUGGUCCUCCCCAUCUGCAGGGACUCCUGCUGGAUCCACCCGGCCCUCUUUGACUUCUUCACAUGGCUGGGUUACUUAAACUCCCUCAUCAAUCCCAUCAUCUACACUGUGUUCAAUGAAGACUUUCGACAGGCAUUUCAAAAAGUUGUCCAUUUCCGGAAGGCCUCCUAG